CCGGGCGCGGGUUAAAAAUGAGAAGGAAUUUGUCUCCAGGAAGCUCAAACACAGCACAACAGUUUUGCUGUCUCUGUCUAGAUAUUUAAGAAGUGGAGCGAGGGAUUCAAUCGAUCAUCCUUCCUGCUCAGACUGUGGGGAGAGAUUCACUCGGUCAUUUGACCAACUGGCAACCCGUCAUUUUACACAGGAGAAAGGCCUUUCACCUGCUCAGUCAGUGGGAAUGGAUUCACUCGGUUAUCACAAUUGAAGGUACAUCAGCAAGUUCACACUGGGCAAGGCCAUUCAACUGUUCUCUGUGUGAGAAGGGGUUCAGUCGGUCAUCCCACCUGUGGACACACCAGUCAGUUCACACCACACUGGGCAGAGGCUGGUCAUCUGCUGAAUUUCUGGGAAAGGAUUCACUCAGUCAUCUGACCUAAUGGCUCACCAGCGAGUUCACACUGGGGAGAAACCGUUCACCUGCUCAGUCUGUGGGAAAGGAUUUACACAGUCAUCUACCCUACUGGUACAUCAGCGAGUUCACACUGGGGAGAAGCCGUUCACCUGCACAGUCUGUGGGAAGGGAUACGCUGACUCUUCCACCCUGCAGAGUCAUCAGCGAGUUCACUCUGGAGAGAGACCGUUCACCUGCUCAGAAUGUGGGAAGGGAUUCACUGAUCCAUCCACCCUACAGAGUCAUCAGCGAAUUCACACUGGAGAGAAGCCGUUCACCUGCUCAGUCUGUGGGAAGGGAUUCACUCAGUCAUCCCACCUACGGAGUCACCAACGAGUUCAUACUGGGGAGAGGCCGUUCACCUGCUCAGUCUGUGGGAAGGGAUUCACUCAGUCAUCCGACCUACUGGUACAUCAGCGAGUUCACACUGGGGAGAAGCCGUUCACCUGCUCAGUCUGUGGGAAGGGAUUCACUCUGUCAUCUACCCUACUGGUACAUCAGCGAGUUCACACUGGGGAGAAGCCGUUCAACUGCUCAGUCUGUGGGAAGGGAUUCACUCUGUCAUCUACCCUACUGGUACAUCAGCGAGUUCACACUGGGGAGAAGCCGUUCACCUGCUCAGUCUGUGGGAAGGGAUUCACUCGUUCAUCCCAGCUACGGAGUCACCAGCGAGUUCACAGUGGGGAGAAGCCGUUCGCCUGCUCAGUCUGUGGGAAGGGAUUCACUCGGUCAUUCACCCUACAGAGACAUCAGCGAGUUCACACUGGGGAGAAGCCAUUCACCUGCUCAGUCUGUGGGAAGGGAUUCACUCGGUCAUUCACACUACAGAGUCAUCAGCGAGUUCACACUGGGGAGAGGCCGUUCACCCACUGAGAAUGUGGGAAAGGAUUCACUCAGUCAUUCCACCUACUGGCACACCUGUCAGCUCACAAUGGGGAGUGGCCAUUGUUAUGAAUCCCUAGGUUUUGUUUGCUGUGGACUGUCAUUUUAAGAGAGAGAGAGA